AUGGAAAGCACACACAGAGUUAAAGAUAUUGCAAAAACUGUUUAUGAGAAUGUUAGUCAAUUCGCAAAAAAAGGUUGUGAGAUGGGAAGUGAAAUCUUUGAGAGCAGCAAAGAGCCUAUAGGGAACUUUUUGACAGAAGGACAGCAGAUCUGUCAGAAUUUAUUAAGUGCAGCCAACGAGACCGUAAUAAAGCCAGGAGUGAAAAGUAUAGUUGAAACCGCAGAAAAAAUAAAAGAGGAAGCACCAGAGACCAUCAACCAAGCGAACUGCCUCUACGGGAAUCUUUUUUCCGCUAUAAAGGAUAUACUAUACUUCCACUGGAGAAACCCAAUGUUCUGCGUGUUGGAAAUAUUGAUUGGCAUAGUUAUAUACAUUAUAUACAAAUUGCUUAGAUUCAUACGAAAAAACUACUAG